AGAGAGAUAGGAAGAGUAAGGGUGGUGGGAAGAAAAGAGUAUUCUUCGUAAUUAAGUCCCUCUGCUCCUUCGACUGGAUACGGGACACGUCCAUGAAAGAGAGAAAGAGAAAAAGAGAUAGAGAGAGAGAGAAAAUAGCUAAUAAGAAAAAGAAGAAAGAAGAAAGAAACGAUGCGGUAGAAGUUAAAGAGAGCACGAUGGAGAAAGAUCCGACGAUUCUGCUGGUAAAACAGAAGGAGUAGAGGAGUAGAGAAAGAGAGAGAGAAUAAGAAAGAAAAAAACAGAAAGAGAAAGAGAGAGAGGGAGAGAGAGAGAGAGAGGGAAAGAAGGAGAAAGAGAAAAAAAAAUAGGCACGACGAUCGGGCAAUAAAUAAUAAAGGGAGAAAAGAAAUGCGCGCGAUCGCCUGCAACAUUCUACUCAAAUGUUAAAUAGGUAUCAAUUUAACUUGGACCAAUCGGAGGUAAGAGUGGGCGCGUCCAAACCAAAGUCGAUUGGCUCUCGUACACGACGAUGGGCGUGAUCCGAACGUCGGGGGACCCUUUCACAGGAGGUUCGAAUGUAUGAAACCUUCAAUGGUGGGGAUAAACCUCUAGGUUCCACAUGGUGGGGGAGGAACUACCUGAUUUCUUUGGUACCCUCACAACGUACCGUCUCUCUCGCGCGUCGACCGACCCGGAUUCACGCACGUCUCUUCGACUCGGCAGGGCCGAGAGAGGAUAACCUCUCUCUCUUAGUAGUACCCUCAGUUUAAUCGCGUACGAAAAAAUAGGGGGGUACUUUUAUCGAGAAAUAGUAAGAAAAAUAGAAAGAAAGAAAAGAAGAAAGAAAAGGAAGAAAGGAAGGAAGGAAGGAAGGAAAAAAGGAAGGAAGGAAGACAAGAGGAUUUUUUUUCGAUGAUCCUUUCUUCGAAUUAAUCGAUUCAUCGAAGUCGAAUAUAUACGCGUGGUGCGCAUCAAAUAUUCACGAGUUUAAUUGGACGACAUAUUUCGUUGUUUAUCGGAGUCCACCCCAUCCUCCCCUCCCACAACCCAUCCUACCCCACCCCCAUUCCAUUAUCCUAAUAAUUUAAUCCCUCCACGUCCACACGACGCCCGCACGAAUCCACCUCCUCCCUCCCCUUUUCCCCCUUUUCAUCGAUAUAAUAGGAGCUACGAGCUAAGACAAGAGAAAAUUGUUUAUACGUCGUCGUUAUAUUUUCUUGGAUACGCCGAUACGGGAACGUUCGUACGGAUGGAUAUAUUGUCAUGGACAAUUUCGUAUGGAACGAUUUACGAGUAGUGAAAUAUCAAUAGAAAAAAAGAGAUACAGGAAAGUAUAUAUAUAUAUACAUAUAUAUAUAUAUAUAUAUACAUACUCAAACACACUCAUUCAUAUACACAUAUAUAUAUAUAUUAUAUAUAUGUAUAUAUAGAUGAAGAGAGAGAGAAAGUUCUAAACAGGGAUGAACAAAUUGUAUCUGACGUUGCAACGUAAAUACAAGAUGGCCGUCGUUCGUUACGGGGGUAUGCGGAACGCCCUUAGCAUCGUGUCAUUCGAAGUUCCACGUGUUUUUAUUAUGUCAAUGACGAAGUUCGAUUGAAAUGUAGUGUUUACGAUCGACAAAGACAAGAAUCGAAGAGAGAGAGAGAGAGAGAGAAAGAGAGAGAAAAAGAGAGAAGGGGAGAGAAACAAAAACCAAAAGAACAAAAAAAAAAGAAAAGAAAAGAAAAGAAAAGAAAAGAAAAGAAAAGGAAAGGAAAGAAAGGAAAAGAAAAGAAAAAAAAGAUCGUUCGAAAUUAUUCCAUUAUGUUUUCUUGUUUACGAUACAAGUUUCAUUGAAUUCAAUAACUAUCCUAAACGUCCUUACGGAAUAAGGAUCUAAACGGGGGCGCCCGCGCGCGCGCGCGCGCAUUUGUUAUUGUUAUUAUUGUCGUUUGUGUUAGUGGAUAUCAAUAGUAUAGUAUUAUCGACAAGAACGGUAGACAUAGAAGAUGUCGGAACACGGUGAUAGCGACGUAGACGCGACGGAGGAGAUAAACGUCGACGAUUCCGAUUCACGUAGUUGCAGUCCAAGAAAUUAUCCUAAUCAAGAGGAGCGACGGAACGUUGUACAAGAGAAUUCGGAGUGUUCAAAUUCGCCGCCACCAAGUCAGACGAGUUCUAGGACGGUACAGAACGAAUCACCACGUAGCCACCCCUUCAGUAUAAGUCGUCUCUUGGGAGAUAGUCAAAGACAAAAUACUAAGAGUUCCUCGUCCGAGGAGGAACUCGAUAGCGACAAAGAAAGGAAAUGGUCCUCCUGGGAGGAAGGGAAUAAUAAUAAUAAUAAUAAUAAUAACAAUAAUAAUAAUAAUAACAAUAACAAUAAUAAUAAUAAUAAUAAUAAUAACAAUAACAACAAUAACAACAACAGCAUCAAUCAUCGCGUUAGUUCAUUGGCUACGUUGGACGACGGACGACGUUCAUGGGGCCAAGAACUCGAAGAAAAAUUGUCCGAGAAGGAUGACGACGAUACAGGGAGCACAGCGGAAACGACGCAAACGACGAAUUCAACGUCCUCGAUUCACUGCACGACAGCGGCCGAUCUUCUCGCACCGUUCAGAUUAUUUCCAACCGGUUCGAGUCUUAUCUAUACAGGCGGCGGCGUCAUAAGGGUGCCUGCACACCGACCACCCGGUACCAAUGGCGCACCAACCGGUGGUAUACCUGCUCAAGCACUUAUACCACCAUGGAGCUUGCAAGCACUUCAGCAUAGUCAGCAACAGGCAGCGGCGGCGGGCUUGCAUAGGGCGAGUUUGCUCGCCAAUUUAGCUGCACAUCCGUUACAAGCGCAUCCGCAUCUUAAGGACAGGCUAGCAGCAGUAGCUGGAGCAUUUCCAAGAAGAAUCGGUCAUCCCUAUCAAAACAGGACACCACCUAAGAGGAAGAAACCAAGAACGAGCUUCACAAGGAUACAGAUCGCCGAGUUGGAGAAACGUUUUCAUAAACAGAAGUAUCUCGCAUCGGCCGAGAGAGCGGCCUUAGCAAAGUCCUUGAAGAUGACGGAUGCGCAAGUGAAAACAUGGUUCCAAAAUAGACGAACGAAAUGGCGAAGACAAACCGCUGAAGAAAGGGAAGCGGAGAGACAAGCGGCGAAUCGAUUGAUGCUGUCACUUCAGGCAGAGGCUUUAAAUAAAGUAGCUUACCCUACUACGGUAUCAAAUCAUCCAGCUGGCAGCACAGUACCCGGUUUGGAUAGACAACAACCACCCACGGCGUUAACGCAUCCAGUGGGACAGUGGGCCUCACCUUACGGGCCUCCUCAGCCUCUUACCGAGCCGAUUUGCUGAACCGUGCCGAUUCUAGUGAAUCGGGGGACUCUCGUCCGGUGGUCUUAAAUGACAAUGACGACGACGGCGACAAAGACGGCGACGGCGAUGACAGUGACGACAGUAACGACGGUGACGAUGACGACGACAACUACAAUGACAAUGACUAUGACGACGACGACAAAAGUUUAUAGUCUUUUUCGAGUGAUUUAUCGCUUCUUCGAACUUUCAUUCGUGUUCGAUAAAAAAAGAGCAAAAAAAAGAGAAGAAAAGAAACGCAUUAACAGGAUAUACGUAUACAUACAUACAUACAUAUAUAUAUAUAUGUGUGUGUGUGUGUAUGUAUAUAUAUAUAUUUAUGUGUAUAUAUAUAUAUUUAUGUAGGAAGAUAAAAAAAAGAGAAUUUCUUUUUUCGAUAAGCUUCUCGAAUAUCGUCGAUUCAAAUAUUUUCCCGCUUUCGCAGAUCCUCCACUUUAUUAUCGAGAUCGAGUUAUCUCUUUUUUCUUUUUCUUUUUUUUUUUCUCUCUUUUUUUUUCCUUUUCUUUCCUCUUUGAAUUCAAUAAUUCUCACGAUCGAAGAAGAGAUAAGUAUUAUACAAUUUUUAUACUUUCAAGGAGAUAUGCUCGCUCUUUCUCGUAAUUCGAGAUACACGUGAAUUAUAUUACGUGUAUGUGACUAUUUGAUUCGAUGCUCGUUAAAAGAAAAAAGAAAAAAAAAAAGAAAAAAGAAAAAAGAAAAAAAAAAUAGAGAGAAAGGAAGAACAAAAAGAAAAAGGAAAGAGAAGAAAAAAAAGAAACAAAAAAAAAUCGUCUAUUUCUUCGACGACUCGUAAAGGAAAGGGAAAAUAAAGGAGUGAAUAAAAAAUUGAGAGAAUGCUCUUCACGGCUUUAACUUAAUUUAUCUGUACAUUAUCGAAUCGGUUCUCGCGAUAUAUAUAUAUAUAUAUAUAUAUAUAUAUAUAUAUAUAUAUAUAUAUAAAAGAGAGAGGGAGAGAGAGAGAGAGAAAGAGAUAGAUCGCGUGAAACUCGAGACGUGCCGACUUUUUUUUAACGCUUUUGUUAUCUCGGAAAUUCUAUUUUCCAAGAUAACAUAGAUAAUUGGUCCGACCAUCUAAUGAUCUUACCGUAAUGACUCCUUAUCGGCUUAUUCGAUACUAUUAGAGAAUGAAAAAGAGAGAGAGGGAGAGAGAGAGAGAGAGAAUUAUAAAAUUUUCAAUCACAAUAGAAAUGCAAUUCGAAUCGUCGUUCUCGAUCGAUUUUUGGACAUUGAUUCAACGUUAGAAAUGCGAUUAUUCGUGUAUCAAUUUCAUUUCUCUUUCUUUCUCUCUUUCUCUCAUUAUUUCUGAGAGAGAGUGAGAGAGAGAGAGAGAGAGAGAGAGAGAAACAGGAAAUAAUCGAAAGGUCGAUUGGACAUAUCCGGUGUAUAUAUUAGUACUUUAGAUGUAAUUACGAAUUUACUCUUGUACGAUAGAAAAAAAAUAUCUUUAUCGUGUGCUCGUGCGUAAUGAUAAUUCGCGUGAAACUUAAAUAAAAUUUCGAAUAUUUUAUUCGAAAAGUAGCUCAACGAUAAAAUUUUCAUGGCACACCAAUGUAAAUAAAAAUAUAAUCCAUCGGUUUUGCAUUUCUACGUGCACGCGUUGCGCAUAAUCUAUUCGAUCAUACGAUAUACCAUACGUAUAUACAUGUUAUACAAAUAACGUAGCGAGGUAACUCGUCUCGUGUGUUUCCUUUGCUAAACCCUUUACGAAUUAGCAUCGUCGUAAAGAAAGAAACAAAUAAAAACAGAGAGAGAGAGAGAGAGAGAGAGAGAGAGAGAGAGUGUGUGAAUGAGUGAGUGAGUGAAUGAAUGAGAAAGAAGGAGUGA